CUGUAAACAUCCUAAAUCUCAUCUGACUCAGUGAUUAAUGAAAUUGUUUUUUUCUUUUCAUACAUUGGCAUGAAUAGGAAAAAAUGACAUGAUCGAUAUCAAGAUUCACGAGGAGAAAAAGUCGGCAUAGCCACCUUGAACACCCUUCCCUUUAAGGGCUGCGUUGGUACUUUCGUUGUGUCCACGAUAGCCAGCGCGUCCCAGCAGCAGUAAAAUAAACCUUCCCGUCAACGCUCCUGUUGGAUAGCUAGUUACCCGUGAGUGCCUUCGCACAUCCGCAAAGUAAUAGUAACGGAGAACAGGAAUUUAAGUGUUUCUUUAAAAAACACGGUUCGUAGACAAAACCGCAGGAACAACAGGUGAAAAGGAGAUGACGGGGUGGUGUCCUUUCUUCCAUGUGGCCGGUUUUGGCCGCUGAAUUUCAUGCCAGCAGGGUCCAGGAGUCUCUGUCUGUUAUGGCGAUGUUGGAUGAGAACGUGGAUGUGGGGAACCUACUGGCCUCUAUUCACUUGGAUAAGUACCUGGAAGUCUUCAGGCAGUCUGGGUUCCUUCAGGCCAAAGACUUCAUUCGCCUCAACAAUGAGACUCUCAAUCAGCUGGGGAUAGUUGCCACGGGCCACAGGAAGCGCAUCCUCAAAAUUGCAGAACAGAUUCGUCGACAACGGCAGGAGCCUCUGCUCGACCGCUGCCAGUCUGAAUCGGCCAUCCACUUGGCCUUGCCACGGGCACCUGGUGGGUCGGGGCCCCCGUCUCCCCAGAAUGGGGUCCCCGUCUCCCUUGGGCACCAUCGGAACAGCUCUGUCCCAAACCUUCCGUCUACGUUCUCAAACUCCAAACCAGAGCAGAGCGGCGCGCUGGUUAAGCCAGUGCCCAAGCCCCGGACUGUGUUCCACAAGCCCAAAACGGAGCCUCUGCCUUCCUGUCCAACUCCAGAAUCCAGGCUUUCCAAAGGGGAGUCUCAGGAAUCUCUCUGCUUCACGAUGUUGGAGGGUUUCCCUCCUGGAGACUCCGUCUCAGACUUGGAGGACCCAGGUCCCGGCCUGAGGAGGGGCUCUUGUGAGAGACGGUUGAGUAACUGUUCAGAUUCUGGUGGAGAUCUGCCCCCUGUGCCUCCAAGGCUCAAUCGGGGGAUACCUCCAGCCGCGUUCAGGGUGCUUUCGUCACCUGGGAGGGAAGAAAAGGACCAGUUAACCCCUCCCAGGAUCUCCUCCUGUCCCGGAACGCCAUGUACCCACGGGGAGCCUCCGUUCCUCCCCACUACCAGUCCCCCUCGCUGCCCCGUGGAGAUGGUCCCCAACGAAAUCUACUGGGGCACUUUACCUGGCCCUGAAGCAACAAGGGCGGAAAUGCACAGGAACCGCCCUGUCCCCCUACCCCCACCCCGGCAGGAGCUGAAGACCUCUACUGAGAGAAACAGCACUUCAAACAACAGCCUGCCGGACCCAACUGAGAGAGCGCUCAGUAGCCAGGUAGACCCAGAAGAGUCAAUCAGCCCUUACUGUGAAACAGUGUUUAAGAACAACAGGCAGCUUCAUGAGGUUGCAAGGACCGAACAUGAAGCAGACACUGGUGCUCUGAGAAAGGAUGAAAACAUGAAAGGAGAGGAUUCUGGGCCGCGGCCCCCGGCCAGAACACCUCGGCCCUCCCGGCCAGUGCACUGCGGGUCGCAGGGCUACUGCACAGUGGGGGACUCCAGCCCCGCCCCCGCCCCUGGGCGGUGCCUCUCCAUGCCCCCCAGGCUGUACCCGGGGGAGCUGGACGAGGACCUGACCAUCUCCCCCUACGCCAGCUACACCUCCCAGUCGGAGCGGGCCACGCCCAUCCUCAGCGGCUGGCUGGACAAGCUCUCGCCUCAAGGAAACUAUGUGUUCCAGAAGCGAUAUGUGAAGUUUGAUGGCAAAAAUCUGAUGUAUUUCGGCAAUGAGAAGGAAGUUUACCCAAAAGGCGUGAUUCCUUUGGCUGCGAUACAGAUGGCCCGCGCUGCCAAAGACAAUAAAUUUGAGGUUGUGACGAACCACAGGACGUUCGUCUUCCGUGCAGAUAAUGAAGCCCUGAGGCACAAAUGGUGUGGCACGCUGCAGGAGAGAGUCAAGGAGCAGCUGGUGUUCGGGCGGCCCAGAUUUGGCCCUGGCAACCACUGCCAGAAGAGCGGCUUUCUGGAGCUCAAAGGGACCAAGUCCAAGAUCCACGCCGCUAUCUACACUGACCAAGUGUGGCUGUACAAAAGCGAGCAGUGUUUUAAGAAUGGAAUCGGGAUAACUUUGAUAGAGGCCAGGGGCUCUACCAUCAGAGACGGCAAGAACAAAAGCUUUGACCUGAUAACUCCGUACAAAAGUUUCAGCUUCACUGCCGAGUCGGAGAGGGAGAAGAAGGACUGGAUGGAGUCACUGCAGGAGGCCAUCGCAGAGACGCUCUCCGAUUACGAGGUGGCCGAGAAGAUCUGGUCCAACCGGUCCAACAAGAUCUGCGCUGACUGCAAGGCCAUCAAUCCCGACUGGGCCUCCAUCAACCUCUGCGUGGUCAUCUGCAAGAACUGUGCAGGUCAGCACAGAGGGCUCGGAACAAUGGUGUCCAAAGUCCAGAGCCUGAAACUGGACACCAGUGUGUGGAGCAAUGAGAUUGUGCAGCUCUUCAUCAUGCUGGGGAACGACCGGGCCAACGAGUUCUGGGCGGCCCGCCUGUCUCUGGCCGAAGAGCUGGACUGCGAUGCCACCCCAGAACAGCGGCGGGAGUUUGUCAUCCUCAAAUACCGUGAGGGCCGCUACCGGCGCCCCCUCCCCACCUUCAACACCCAGGAGGAACUCCUCAAGGUUCUGUGCACCGCCGUGUCCGAACAGAACCUGUUGAAGACCGUCACGCACAUCUUCGCUGAGGCCGAGGCAGCCCACCGCUCCGACACUAACGGACACGACAAGCGUCUGUCGUCCAACUCGCUCGGCCCGCAAGCUACCUCAGAUUUAAGCUCUGUGGACUGGUCACAGAGUGUUUAUGAUGAAAUCAUCCAGCCAGUGUUGCAUUCUGGGUACCUCUACAAGUCAGGCUCCAUGAACAGGGGGACAUUAUCCCGGAAAACCAGAGAUGCAGCAGAACCUUCUGACAUCACCCGUGUGCCCCCAGAUUUCCAGAAGUACUGGUGCUCGGUGGAGAAGUCUAUCCUGUUCUACGAGUCUGAUCGGUGCCACGAUCCCAGCAUGAAGAUUGACGUCAAAGAUAUCAUAUGUCUGGGGGUCAGCCGGCCAGAUUCAAGCAACAACACUGGAUUCAUCGACAGGUUCCGCUACACCUUUGAACUGUACUUAUCCUCCGAGAAGCUCUACCAGUUUGGUCUGGAGACCCCGGAUGCCCUCCACAGCUGGGCGAGAGCCAUCGGAAAGGCCGCCACGCCGCUGAGCUGCCACUGCCUGCUCGCGCGGGAGUUUGAGCGCGUGGGCGUCCUGCGCUACAAGGCCAUGCUGGACCCCCAGCAGUGGAAGGAGGGCUUCUUCGUCCUGCAGAAGUCCAACCUCUUCAUCUGUCCACAGAACGACGGGGCAGCCGAGGACAUCAUCAAUCUCAAACGGCUGCAGGAGCUCAGUAUCACUUCUGAGAAUGACAGCCACGAAAAGAAGGACACCCUGGUGCUGGUGGAAAGAGGGCGGACAGUGUACCUGCAGGGGGUGGGGCGGACAGAUUUCUCCCUCUGGUACACGGACAUCCAGACGGCGGCAGGCGGUAAGGGAAAUGCCCUCAAGGACCAGCAGCUCAGCAGGAGUGACAUACCCAUCAUUGUGGACAGCUGCAUCGCGUUCAUUACCCAGUAUGGCCUGGUUCAUGAGGGAAUAUACAGGAAAAAUGGGGCCAAGUCCAGGAUCAAGCUCCUGAUGGAGGAGUUCCGCAAGGACGCCCGGAACGUGAAGCUGCGCAUUGGAGACAACUUCAUUGAGGAUGUGACCGACGUGCUCAAAAGAUUCUUCCGGGAGGUCGAUGACCCCAUCUUCAUGUCCGACCUGCAUCCGUCGUGGCAGGAGGCUGCCAAGAUAUCCAGUAAGACGCAUCGCCUGGAAAGGUACAAGGAGCUGAUUCGCAGUCUGCCCAGAGUCAACAGGACGACACUAGCUGCUCUGAUCAGUCACCUCUUCCGGGUUCAGAAGUGUGCUGACCUCAACCAGAUGUGCACCAAGAACCUCUCCCUGCUGUUCGCGCCUAGUCUAUUCCAGACGGAUGGCAAAGGAGAGCACGAGGUGAAGAUCAUCGAGGACCUCAUCGACAACUACCUCUACGUCUUCGAUAUUGACGAGGAGCAGCAGACCCAAAUCGAGCUAGAGAUCAGUCUCAUCACCACCUGGAAAGACACACAGCUGUCUCAAGCAGGGGACUUGAUCAUUGAAGUCUACUUGGAGAAGAAGAUUCCGGACUGCUGCAUCACCCUUAAGGUGUCGCCAUCGAUGUGUGCAGAGGAGCUGACCAAUCAAGUGUUGUACAUGAGGAAUGUGCCAGCUGGAGAGAAGGACGUGUGGCUGACAUUCGAGGCCAUAGAAGAUGGAGAGCUGGAGAGGCCAUUGCAUCCCAAAGAGAAGGUUCUAGAGCAAGCCCUGCAGUGGUGUAAGAUGGCCAACCCCAGCUCUGCAUUCCUUGUGGUCAAAAAGGCCCCCAGAGGAGAGGCCAUCAACAUCUUUACAGGCUACAAGAGCGAGAUCGUGAAGAAUGGGGUUCUGAAGUGUCGAGAGGAGCCCCCAAAACUUCUGCAGGGGAACAAAUUCCAAGAGCACACAUUCCAGAUCCGGGACCAAAGGCUCCUGCUGCUUAAGGAUAGGAAGACGAACAAGCCAGAGAAGGAAUGGCCACUGAAAACCCUGAAGAUCUAUAUUGGCAUUAGGAAAAAGCUUAAAGCUCCAACAAAGUGGGGCUUCACUGUGCUACUGGACAAACAACAGAUGUACCUGUGCUGUGGCAGUGAGUCGGAGCUGUGGGACUGGAUGACUAAUUUCCUAAAGGCACAGCAUGACGACCUGAGGCCUCCCGUGCUGCGUCGUCACUCUUCCUCUGACAUCUGCAAGCAGAAGUUUGGGACCAUGCCCCUGGUGCCCAUACGCGGGGACGAGAGUAACUCCACCAUGCUGUCCGCCAACAAAACCCUGCGAAAGCUUCAUGCUAGGAGGACGCUCUCCAUGUACUUCCCCAUGAAGAUGCAGCAGGACUCGUUUGAGGAGCGGCCCCAGAGCCCGGAGCCCCUGUAUGAGGAGGUGGGUGACUUCAGCCAGCAGGUGCUCAAGUCGCUGGAGACCAGCUUCCUGUCAGGCGGCAGCUCGGACACCCGGGAGGUGGCGGAGCGACCCGUCAGCCUGGGCCCCAGGACCACGGGCUCCCUGGACCGCAUGAUCGGGCCCAACCCUGUGCGUCUGCUGCCCCCCGCCGCCUCGCUGGACACCCUGUACCUGGAGGAGCCUCGUGGCCCCCUCCUGCAGGCCCUGCCCAAAAGGAAGCAGCUGGGCCCGGGCAGCCCAUCCCGGGACCUGCUGCUGCAGGAGCUCUCCACGGUCUUCACCAAGAAGACCGAGAGCGACGGCUAGUCGGCCAAAGACAACAGCCUCUGAUCUGCACACCACGGUGAUAACCAGCACGGUGACCAAGCCGCAGCUUUCUUAUGAGACAAACCUGUACAGCUUUAUCCUAAAAAACAUCAUUUAUACGAGUGGCAGUAAAGUAAGCGUAAUCUAAUCUAAUCUGCAGAGGCAAGGUGUCAACUCCAGCUACAUUUGACAGGGAAUCAGUGGGUGGUUGAACAGUAAUUUCAUUCCAGUCACAAAAUGGCAGGCAUGGAAGAGGUCUGUAGUUUAUUAUGUGGAGUGAAUUGAAGAUUUCAGAUUCACCCUUGACACUUUCAUCAGUUAUGUUCAUAAAGCACAAUUUUAAUGGUUAAACGGUUAUGUAUUCUGAAAUGUAUUCCGAUUGCACUGAUGUUGGCAGGGGUUUGCCACUGCUGGGAUUACAGUUGGAUUUCCUCUUACCAUGCAAUAUUAAUUAAUAUAUUAAUUAGUAGUAUUACGAGUAUUCACUCAUGUCUCACCUUGGGUGUGGGCGGCAGGGCUGUUGCCAUAGGUUACAUUAUGCAGUAUUCAACACAAGACACUGGUAUAUUAUGUUUUCUGUCUGGCUCAUAUUGUAAGAUAUGGAAUGGCCAAUUAUUUAUUUAUUUAUUGUUAGAAUACUCAGUGAAGGGAGGUCAGAGGAAUACACUGUGAAGGGAGUUGACCACUGAGACCAUACCGAUUCAGGACCAGUUUAAAGGUUCAUUGUUUAAAGCAAGGGCGCCUUUUAAUGCUUUUUUUAAAUCACUAUGAAAGGCAGUGUUUGUCCCCAAUCAGUUACAGAACAGAAAGACUUGUAUCCCAAAACGAAUAGUACAGUCUUGUUACAAUUGUAAGGAAAGUCACAAAACAACAUUACAUUUUAAAUACUUAUUUUAUAUAUAUAAAUAUGGUUUCUACAGAUGUGCGACAUCUACACCAAUAGAUGGAAGAUACUUUUUUUUCAACAGUAGAUGGCAGCAUGAAACCAGAACCUUAGCAAUUGGUUUUCAUUGAUCACAUUUCUUUUUUGCAAACAUGGUGUUUUCGAUAUGCACUACAAUAAUUCAUUCUCCCAAGUUUUCUCAAUUAAAAUGUGGAACAAAUAACUUUUUCACACACCACUUGCCUCAACUUAUAUUAGCUUUGUUGUAAUACUAUUCAAUAUAUGGAAAAUUAGUAUAAAAUCCACAAUUUCACACAUACACAACUGUAUUUUCUACAGUAAAAUGUUCAGUCACCAAGUUGAAUAUAAUGACGAAGCAUCAGAGUGGUGUAUAAUGUCUAUUGCAGAAGAGCUGAAAGAUAGGCGUAAGGGUGUACAUCAUAGAACCAUCAAUAUUUUAGAUUUGUAAUGCAACUGAAAAGGUAUCUAAUCCUGGUCUGUGCUCAGAACAUGUAAUCCAAUACACACUCCUCUCAUUCCUAGGAUUUGUCUUCAUAUUAACUUGUUUAUUUGUGGCUACUGUAUGUUUUUAUGUUUUUUCUGUACAACAAAAGCAAUUUCUAACAAAUGUAAAUAUUGUAUAGCUGUUUACUGUGGCUGUCAUUUUAACUUUUCUGUUUAUUUGAGAAAGUGUAUCACAAAUGAAGCAGUUGUUUUACAUAUAGUAUUAAAUGUUUUCUAUAAAAACA